AAUAACAAUUUCUAAGCAAACCCUUGUCUAGAAAAAGACUUAAGGGCAGGAGAAGCAUCUUGCAUGGUUCACUCUCUCUUGUUUUCUUGUCCUCUCUUUCUUAUCCUUGUUAAGCUCUUUCCCAUCACCCAACCUCUCAAAAUCCAACAUUCCCAAAAUACCCUCGCGGAUUUUCCCUAUAACGGAUCCUAUUCAAGGGGCAUAAUAGUCAUUUUACUUCUUAUAUGCUUGUAACCACAAUAUUUGUGUUGUAAACUCUUUCCCAAUUCUUCUAUAUAGUAACAUAACAUAUGAGUGAACAUACACUAUAAUAGAUGGAUAAAGUUCAAGUAAUGAAUAGGAUCCCCUUGUCUAAAACCUCCGCAGGUCAGGCACCCCAAUGGGCGAGUGAGCAUUGGCUUGAUGAUGCUUGUAUUCUUGACAUGGACUACUUUGUCAAGACCCUUUCAGGCAUCAAGUCCAAGGGGGUUCGGCCUGACCUGGUUGGCUCAAUCAUAGCCCACUACGCGUCUAAGUGGGUUCCCGAGCUAUCCGAGAGCAGGGAUGUCACAGGGCUCGAGGGAGACGAUCCAGUCUCCCCCGAGACUGUGACAUCCGCGUGGAGGAAGAAGAGAUUCUUUGUAGAAACACUUGUAGGCAUUCUUCCCCCGGAGAAUGACACUGUCCCAUGCAACUUCCUACUAAGGCUACUAAGAGUAGCCAAUAUGGUAGGAGUUGAAAUUAGUUAUAAAGAAGAGUUAGAGAAAAGAGUGUCAUGGCAAUUAGAUCAAGCAACAUUGAAAGAGCUAAUGAUACCUUCUUUUAGCCAUACUUGUGGCACAUUGCUUGAUGUUGAGCUUGUAAUGAGGUUAGUUAAGAGAUUUAUGGGAUUAGAUGAAGGCGUUCGAGGCGGCGCCGCCUUGAUCAAGGUGGCUAAGCUAGUGGAUAGUUACUUGGCUGAAAUUGCAAUGGACACAAAUUUGAAGCUAGAGGACUUCAUUCAACUUGCUGGUGCUCUUCCUGCACAUGCUAGAGCCAUAGAUGAUGGACUUUACCGUGCAGUUGAUACAUAUCUAAAGGCACAUCAUGGGGUGACAAAGCAAGAAAGAAGGCUCCUAUGCAGAUUAAUCGAUUGUCGAAAACUCUCACCAGAAGCAUGCCUACAUGCUUCACAGAACGAACGAUUACCUGUACGAGCAGUAGUUCAAGUCCUGUUUUCGGAGCAGAGCAAGAUCACCCGUCAACUGGACUGGAGUGGCCCAUUGUCUACAUCAAGAAGCCCGAACUCUAAUGGACUUGAUGUGCCAGCCCGAUGCCACUCAAAACGAGAGGUUUCAGCCCAACAAACCGAGAUCAAGAGGUUAAAGGAAGAUGUUGUCAGACUUCAGAACCAGAUAAACAUCUUGCAGAAUCAGCUAGAGAAAGUACUUGAAAAGAAGAAGGGAUUCUUUAGAUGGAAGAAGUUCAUAUUAAUCCCUGGUGCAGCUAGUGUUAAUGAUGUAGGGAAGAGAGAUUUUGAGGAAAUCGGGUUUGGAAGGCAUACACCACUUACAAAGGAUAAGACCUCGAAUAGAUGGAGGAAAUCUUUAUCUUGAUUAAGUCUUGUUUCAUUGCUCUAAAAUAUAUAUGUUUUUUUUUCUUCUUCUAUAUGAUUAUCAUAUCUAUAACAAACUGAUGUAUAACAUGGUUUUUAUCUUGUCAAUCGGUAUGAACAUGUACAAUGAUAGUCCUUUCUGCUUUUUGCAUUUGUAACAAAAAAAAGUAAUAAUAUCUGACAGUACUUGCAAUCA